UGCACACACUGUACCCAUCCUAGCCACCAACCCCCUCUACAUUCUACACCAUGGCCUACAAUCCGCGCAUGAGCACGGUGGGCCACUCCAAUCCGCGCGCCCGCCAGCAAGAAGAAGACUCGUUCAUGACAUUGCCUGAUCGCGAAAUCGCAUCAUGCAUCAGCGACAUUGGCAUCAACUUCUCCACGGCCGAUCUCCAGAAACCCAACCCGCAGCAAAUCCAAAAAGUCUUUGAAUGGUUCGCCGAGCUGCUCAUGAAUACCACUCGCGAAACAGUGGCCCCCGCCAUGAGAGCUGCUGCUGAGGACAUGGUUGGCCCCGACUCUGAGCGCAUCUUUACCGCCGACACUCGGGACUUGAUGGGUUUCUUCAUCAUCAUGAGGAAGUUGUUGCUCGAGUGCGGCAUCAGUGACUUUACCUUCCAAGACCUGUACAAACCCACGCGCGAGCGCCUGGUCAAAAUCUUUUCGUACAUCAUCAACUUUAUCCGUUUCCGUGAGUCGCAAACCAGCGUCAUUGACGAACACUUCAACAAGUCGGAGCGCACCAAGUUGCGCAUCGAACAGCUUUACAACGAGAACCAGGACAAGGAAGCGCAUUUGGCCGAUCUGGAGCGCAACCGCAAGGCCACCGAAGACAAGAUGAGGGCAAAGGAGAAGCGGCAAAAGGAACUCAAGCAGCGUCUGCUGGACCUCAAGAUGGGCCAGGAAAAGGUGGUUGAGAAGCUGGAGAUGGUCAAGGAGGACCAGCGCCGUCUGAAGGAGCUCCUCGAAAACAAGACCGAAGCGACCAUGAUUGUGCGCCAGGAAGCCUCCAAGUUACGCCCGUACACGACGCAAUCGCCCGCCGUGCUCGAAGCCUCGCUCAAAGACCUCAACGCGAACCUUACCGCCGACAAGGCUGCCAUUGAAUCCCUUGACAGACGCAGCCGCUCCUUGCAGACUAGCAGUGACACUUUCGGCGCCGUCGCAGCCGAUGUGGCAACAUGCACGCGACUACUGACUGACCUGGCCGGAGACCUGCAGCGUGAGGAGGAGGAGCUGGCCAAGGCGGCGCGGCACCGCGAUGCGCUGAGCGAACGUAGUAACAACGUGCGCGACGUCGAACGCCAAGAGAAGCUGCUCCAGAAGCAAUUGAGCAAUGUGACUGCGCGGACGGACAAGCUGCGUAAGGGCGCGGAAGACAAGGCCGAGGCGGCGCGGGUGCGCAUGGAGGAGCUGAAGGCGGUGCACAAGCGCUUGGCAGAGGAGCGGGGAGAAAAGGGACGGGACAUGGAGAGGCGGCGAGUACGGAUUGAGCAGACGGAGAAGAAGAUGGCCGACCUCAAGGAAAACAUUGAGAAUGAAGUCCACUCGGCGCAUGACGAGUACCUGAAGAUGGAGAGCCAUAUCCGGCUGUACAUUAAGGAGAUGGAGCAGAGCAUCUAAAUCUUCCUCUUCUUUCUCUCUCUCUCUCUCUCUUUCUCUCUCCACGCACGUGUUACGUCCAGGGUGGUUUCAAGGGUCCCCGGAGCUCGGCGUUAUAUUAGGAGAUACCAUUGUCAUAUUUCUGUCUUCGCUUUUGCACACUGCGCUUCACCUGCCCUGUCGCCUCGCGUCAUGGUGCUGGGAUUCUGCAAUAUUCAAAUGCUUGCAAUUAUCAGUCACACCUGCGAACAUCCAAGGUCUAGACACGAUGAG